UCCAUCCAUCCAUCCAUCCAUCCAUGUCAUUAGGUCACCAAACUAAAACAUGGCCAGCAAAGUACACAGAACAACAGUGCAUUCACAUUUAAACCAGUUUAGAGUAGUUUACAUGUGGCGUUACAUUCCUACUCUAAGGGGCUAACCCUAACAUGCAUGCUUAGUGGACUGUGGAAGACAGCAGGGACAUCCAUUGGCUGAAGUGUGGACAAAUUUAGAGAAUGUCCUUUUUUGUAAGAGUAAAAAAAAAAUGUUUGCACAUGAAACAUUUCAAGAUGCAGAAAUUAAACAAAUUUGUAUUCAAUGUUUCACACUGUAUGUUCCAAAGUUACUUGUAUGUUUCUUGAAUCAAUUGAAGUUAGCACAAUUGUUUUCCACUCAUAAAAGGUCUUUUCCUCAUUCAUUUUUCUCAUCUGGUCAUAUUCACAGAAAAGAAAUUAGUAAUGCAGACUGACCUAAAUCACAAAAAGCUUCUUGAUAGGUGAAAUCAAAUAGGUCUUUUUUGCAGUGUAUGUAAACAUUUGGUCACAAUACACUCACAAUUUAUUUUAUUACAUAAGACUUACACAUUGCAUAUUGCACUUUCCUCCUAUUUACUUAUUUUAUCUUGUAUCACUAAGAAUGCUCCAAGUUCCUCCUGUAAUUGUUCCGUGGAGAUCAAUGAAACCGUUUUUCUUUUUUUUUCUUUUUUAAUUGAACUGAAUAGAAUUAAAACUCUUUGCUAAUAAUGGAUUGUACCCCAUUUUUAUCUUGACUCAAUUCUUAAUGGAAUAGAUUAAACAAGGCAUCUGACCAUCCCUCAGAGAUUUUAAAAGAUCCAUAUUGUUCAUGGUAGCAUAGAUGGCUGCUGAACAUUUGUCAGCUGCACUGCACAUCCAUGAUUCGAAUCUCCAAUCACAUCCCAAAGGUUCUCUGCUGGAGUGAGAUCCGGUCGUUGUGGAGGCCAUUUUAUUUUGCAGGUAUACAUUUAUGUAAAGUUUUUUUUUUUUUCCUGUAACACAGUUAGGUGUAGUUAUUUUUAGUGGCCACAAGGUGGUGCAUAACAGCCAGAAAACAAAAUGCUCCAUACGAAAAUGAAUACAACGAAAGAACUGUCUCACCUGUCAGAAGUUCUUCUGAAAGUUUCAGUGUUUUUUGUUAAACACUUGAAAAACUAAUGAAACAAAUUAUUGGACAAACAUAGUUAACAUAGCCAAACAAGCACCACUGACAGUGAGAGACGCGCGUUGAGGAUCAUCAAAUAUGUACCAUUUAAGAAGUUGAACUGGAUCCAAUUGGACAGGUUUCUGCUGUCACAGGUGACAGGCCCUGUUUUACAAGACUAUCUGGCCUCCACCCAAAGCCGCGGCGCAGUCAAUGAGGAACAAUGAACUAGGAGCACCUCGGUGCUCCUUCACUAAGGGUUCUUAUUGUGAGACAACCCGUUUUCAGUAUUUACUACCUCUACAUGGCACUUUUCAAAGAGGACAGCCAAGACGACACACCGGAGUGUCCAGUAUGCUACGAGAUCCUGUCGGGCACUGAGCGGACUUUAAGCUGCGGACAUGUAUUCUGUCACGACUGCUUGGUCAAAACGCUGGUCAGCAUUAACAGCGACGGAGUCAUCAGGGACACAAUUGCCUGCCCCAUCUGCCGACAUCUGACGUUCAUCAAGAGGCAAAAGGAAUCGCUGGUGGCACUCUCAGCGACCAAGUAUCCAGAUGAAGAACAGACUCUGGAGGUGCCUCUUCCUCCGACGGCGGCGCAGCUCCGGAGCGCACGGCGUGCCUCCGGGGGCAGCUUACUGAGCGGAGUUAACCGGAUAGCCCACUGCUGCGGGAGUAUCUUUCGACGAGCCCGUCAGGAGAGGUUAAACGGACACAAACACAACGCGUGUCAGAUCUUCAUCAUAAGUGCCCAGGGGCGACCGAUGGCAGAGGAGGAUGCGCUCGAUGUUGUGAUGACAGUGGUUCACCCUCAGCGCAGGGAGAGUCGCAGGGUCUGCACCACGGCGCGAUGCUUGCUCUGUCUGCUGACAACCUUUACUGUUCUGGCAUUGGUGGCCGCGACUUUACCUUGGAUUUUGUUGGCAUAGUGCUGCUGAAGAUGCACAACAUACAAGAUCCAAGUGGAAACGAUUAAAGAACCUAUAGGGACAAUGUUUCCUUGGAAAUCAACGUUGUUGUGCAUGUGAGUUUCACUGAUCAGCAAUGUAUCAAGAUAUGAACUGUGUGUUCAAGUAUUUAGUUGUAGUCAUAUUGGACUAUAGCUCUGUAGCGACAAAUUAAUUAAUUUAUCUCGAUUAAAGUGAUUAAUAAAACAAAGACUUAUAUUGGCACAUAAUGUAUAUUGCUAAGCAACAGUCUAAAUUAAAAUUUUGCCUUGACAACAAGA